CGUCCCACCGCCGCAUCACAACGUGCUAGUCUUUUUUUACCAAGUUAUAAUAGUAGUGCCUUGAUGGCUAGACCGAUAAAUUUGCGUUUAUAGUUGCACAUUUUCUUUCUCUUUUUUUCUUUCAAACUGUUUGUGUUGUGAGUUCAUCACACACUUUCUUCCAGAAACGCCGUUUUUGUUCGCCUGUUUGUUCGUUUAUCACUCUCUGAUGUCACAACGAGGUGUUUGGCAGCUUCAGAAGCUCGUCGUGAGCUAUUGUAAUUGGGGUGGCAGUAGUAGGGGCAUUAGGGCAUUUAUGGAAUCUGAUUUGCCAUCUUUUAAGCAAAAUAAUCCCCAGCUAGAGGUGGUUACCGAGCUUAGCCGUGGUCAACAUCCAUUUUUGAAAGGAUUAUAUAAGAACAAGAAUGAGCGUGUUGUAUCUGUGAUGAACAUGACUCCAGAAGAGGUCCUGCUUUGUGCAACCAGGCUUAGAAAUUCACUGGGAAGAAAGGUGGUGAAGCUGAAGACCAGACAUGUCACCAAACACCCCAGUGUACAAGGAACAUGGACCACGGACAUGCAGAUCUAAAUCAUAAUAAUUGCAUCAUAAGUAGACUUUUUUUUCUAGUGUUUAGAAAGAUUUUGUGGUCUUUUUCUUUAAACGUUUAUGAGACAUGCAGUAAGAUUCCCCUUUUCUCAUAAGCAUUAUCAUGAUUUGCAAUUGAUUAUUGAGCAA